AUGAAACAUACAUUGCGGCCUGGCCUGUUGUCAUUGAAAGAAUUAAGGUUUAAAUUGACCAACUGCGCAUCGGUUUCACUAAUUGAUAAGAUUGUGCUGAAAGUGGAAGAAUGCAUUAGCAGAUACGUAGAUAUGAAUGAUAUGAUAACAUUAAACACUCUAACUUAUAUUACCGUUAAAACAAUCAAAUAUUUGGUGAUAACGAAUCGCAGCAUGAUAAGCAAUCCAAAAUUCCUGCAACAUGAUCGGCAAUGUCCAAAUGGGCUUGUUCCUGCUAAAAUCACAAAUGAUCGCAAGUUAUCAGAUUAG